GAAUAAAUGAAGAAAACAAAGACUCAUAGCAAAAGCGGAAAUCCAUCUAUUGGUUUGUGUAACAUUAGAGAUCGUAAACGUUCAGGGUGGCAGUUAUUCCCUCAGUUUCCGGUUUAAUAGGUAUUUAAAGACCUUUAAUAUAAAAGCCCCGGAGUCUCGACAUGUUUUUGAAAGUCACAGUGUUCAGUUUUAAUCGUCACAGCCGGGGAGGCUGUUUUCCAUUUUUUUUGCGUUAUGUAAGAAGUUAUAUUGCCCUGGCGCUAUCAGCAUAGUUGAGUCAAACAUUAAAGAGUUUACAGCGUGUGGACUCCUGAUAAGUUAGUCCACUGAAAAGGGCUUAAAAAUAAAAGAUCAUAAAAGUGAUCACUUGUCCCGAUGUUUUUGGUAGUGUAGGUGUUAUUUUGUCAGCACCUGGAUCGCUGUUUGUGUCUUUGAAGACAAGGAAGCUUUUUAUAAUGCUAUAUUGUUGUAUGUUUUAGGAUCUGCUUUUUUUUAGGGUUGUUAUUCAGUCUUGGGUGUGUAGCAUGAUUUUAUAAUCCACUUCACUAAUGGGAGACGGGGAAAAGGCAAACUGUAGCUGUGAGCUGAUUAAUCAACUUGUUAAUUUAGCGGCAUAGAGGUUAAGGUGUUUGCAGGAGAGGCAGUGCCCCACAGCGUCAUUGCAGCAACUGUAGUGGGAAACUGUUGUGUUUUAUGAAAAAAGUACAAAGUGACUUUAGGACUCAACUGUCACAACUCACAUGUUUUAUUUUGUAGUUUGGAUUUGCAGUUAAGACCAAGGCACACAGAUAUUAUUGUGUCUUCUUUAAAAAGUACUGUUUGCUUUGAAUAUAACUUAAUGACCCUAAACUGAAUUUUUUUCUUUGAAGUUUCAUUUGAAAGGCUGACGAUUGCAUUUCCUUUGUAGAAUAAUUAGUUUCCUGGUAAAUGGCGCAAGAGAGGCAAAACUCUACAGGCUGUUCAGUCCAUUGCCUCCAACCAGUCAUGGCAGAUGACCUGAGCCCUGUUCUGCUGGAAGUUUCUUCCUGUUAACAGGGAGUUUUUGGUUCCCACUGUUGCCUACUGCCUCCUUAAAGUUGCAGUCUUGACUUGGCUCCAAGCGUUAGAGGAUGAAGAUCGCCUUGGUGGGAGCCACUGGGCAGACUGGACAGUAUCUGGUCAACCAGGCCCUGCAGCAAGGCCACGUGGUCACCGCCCUCGUCAGGAACCCGGGGAAGCUCACCGUGACUCAUGAGAAUCUCAAGGUGGUGACGACUGAUAUUUUCUCGGCAGACAGUCUGAAGACUCAUUUCAAAGACCAGGAUGUUGUCAUGUCCUGCCUCGGCUUCCCAGCCUCCUUCUUCACCGGGGUGACGGGCUACACUCGGUCCAUGACUGCUAUGGUCAGUGCGAUGCAAGAGACCCGGGUGAACAGGAUCAUCACCAUGACCUCCUGGUACACAGAGCCAAACUCUGGAACUCAGUCAUCGUACCUGAUCAGAUUCCUCCUGCUGCCAUUAAUCCGAAGUGUCCUCAGCAACAUGUAUGAGAUGGAGCAGUUUCUGCAGAAGACGGAGGACAUCAACUGGACUGUGGUGCGUCCACCUGGCCUCAAGAACCUUCCGGCCACAGCUCAAGAGUUUCUGACCCAUGAGGGAUACUUUGUGCCUGACAACAAUGGUCAACCUCCAAGCAGCGCAGUGGGAAGAGGAGACGUGGCUCGCUUCAUGCUCUCUCUGCUCAACAGCAACGCCUGGGUCAAGAAGGGAGUUGCCAUCACUACCAAAUAAGAAAGAAGAAGCCAGGCUCGGUGCACCAACAUAAAAAGACAUGACUCUCCUGCUGUUGGUUGUAUCCAUGCAGGGAGACAUUUUUCGGGGAUAUUAAUCUUGCAAUAUUUACAGUGAAGCAUUCAGUGUCUGGUGCAUUAAAUAAUUAAAGUUGCAGUCCUCAGUUUUUUAAUGCAGUUGAAUCCAUUGUUUUGUAUUUGCAUUUUACAAAUUUAGUGCUUUUAUUCAGUCAUAUAAAGCAACGAUCCAUAGGCACAACUCUUUAUGAAGCCUUGCUUCAUGAGAUGGCACUAUGUUUAUAGCUUAUGUGGGUAACGUAUCGUGAUUGAUUUCUCCUAUAAUUUUCAAACAGCACUGUGUUUACAGCUUGGCUUAAACUUAGCUUUAAUAAAAUAGCAAGUCCCCCUGAAAUCUAGUAAGAACAACCCAUCUGAAAUAGUUUGUUUUUUUUAAGCCUCCAAGCAUGGCAAUGUAUCCAUUGUAAACACAGCCAGAGCUAUCUUCAUGGUGAGGUUUUGCUCAAGCUGGAAUAACUGGUCUAACUGGAGUGAUGUAUGUGUAUGUACAUACAUACAUACAUAUAUGUAUAUGUAUAUGUAUACAUAUAUGUAACCAGUGACUAACUGUGAGUGCCUUCCCAUGCAUACCCUACAUGCAUUCAUUGCAGACACAUGAUGGCAGUGCUGUGCCACAUAUAGUAGUUUUAAGUAAAGCUAAGUUGCUUGACUCUUACAGGUUGUGUCCAUAAAAAAAAAAAUGUAAUGACAGGUUAUCACCAAGUGCUCUGCAUAUGUAAAGAAAAAAAAAAAGUACUGUACAAGUUGUGUGAAAUGAACAGUUCUGAAAAGGGUGAAGGAAUAUUUGUGCUAGAAGUGCAAAUCCAAGGAGCAAAUUUAGGAAAUAUCAGGUUAAAUGAAAUCCUGAAUUGAGAAUUCAUGUCAGAGAAAAUAAUUUUUUGCUUUUAUGAGUUUUAGUUGCAGAGUCGCACCCAGUGUUGUGCUUUUGAAGAAGUUGAUUCCAGCGAAAGUUUUCGCUACUGCUUUUUUAAGUGAGGAUGUGGCUGUGAGCUGUAUGCAGGAGUAAGAGAGUGUUUCAUGUUCGGCCCCUCACAUGAGGUGUUUUUUUUUUUUAACCUGCUUACAUAAAAGCAAGCUUACCAGAAACCUUAAGGAAAAAAAUUCCAAAGUUUCCAACCCAGUCACAUGCAUUCGUUCAAAUGCUUUUCAUAGCUAAGCACCUGGUCCACAAUUCAGACACACCUUCUCACUCUGGUGGUUGCUGUAUCUUGUCCAAGCAUACUUUCACAUGCAGACCGGAUCCACUCUACUUACCGAAGUAGAAAAAGAAAAAUCUCACUUCAUUUUUUUUGUUCGUUUUUGAAUGAUGAUGUAACGUCUAAGUGUCAAGUUCAUGUUAAGGUUUGUUUUUCAUUUUCACAUUUACCUAUUAAAAGUAAUUCUUAACACA